CUCCAACACAUUCCUCUUAUACCAAUUGCCCCCCUCCCCCUCUCCAGAAUGGUUGUUCCAACAUUCGCUAUAGUCCGUCUUCUUCUCCCAAUCUUAUUCAAUUUAAACUUCCACAGCACGUAUGCUGACUUGCAAUAUGGUAGUGGUACUGCAACUUUCUAUGGAGGGGAUGAUGCAUCCGGCACAAUGGGAGGAGCUUGUGGAUAUGGAAACUUGUAUGCCCAAGGCUAUGGAACCAAUACUGCAGCACUAAGCACUCCUCUAUUCAACAAUGGGCUGACCUGUGGGGCAUGCUUUCGGAUUCAAUGCAUUGAUGACCCACAAUGGUGCCUCCUUGAGGGACCCAUUACUGUCACUGCUACAAACUUUUGCCCUCCAGGUUCUACGGGUGGGUGGUGCGACCCUCCAGGCCAAAACUUUGAUAUGGCUGUGCCUGCUUUUAGACAAAUUGCCAAUUUGACUGCUGGAGUUGUCCCUAUUAUUUUCCAAAGAGUGCCUUGCGUGAAGACAGGGGGCAUAAUGUUUACAAUCAACGGCAACCCCUGGUGGAACUUGAUUUUGAUCACGAACGUGGCCUGUUCCGGCGAUGUCCAAUUAGCGUCUAUCAUGGGGUCCAACAUGACGGGGUGGCAAGCCAUGACACAAAACUGGGGGCAAAAUUGGCAAAGUACCAACUACCUGAUUGGCCAAAGCCUGUCCAUUCAAGUCACCACAAGCGACGGAAGGACCAUAACCUCCUACAACGUGGCACCCUCUAACUGGACGUUUGGACAAACUUUUGAGGGUGGACAGUACUCGUGUUAGUGUAUCAAAUGGAAUCGAACUUCAGGACUUGGAGUUAGACUUAUGGAAGUUGUUAAAACACAAAAUUUAAUACUAGUAUUGGGGAGCAAAGAAAAAAAUAAAUAUUUGCUACCAAGCCCAUAACAAAGGUGGAGUUUGGAAAUAGUCGUGUAAAAUAUGCAUAAGUGUGGUAAGGUUUAAGCUUAAACGUAUGUGUUGUGUAUUGUGUGGGGUUUAUGUGAGGAAAAGUUGUAAGUUUGAAAUUAUAGUAAUAGAAUUGUGUUUUAUUUUUGUGUGAAAAA